GUGGUGGCAGAAGGUUGAUGGCUGUACGGAGGCUUCUGACAACGGAUCUUCGUUAGUUGCCUCGUGUUGACUGAAACCCGCGCUAACGAUCAGAGCUCGUUUACAUCGUCCGUACACUCUUCAUCUCUCUCAGCCUUCGGGAGGUGGAGCCCCGGCGGAUGAAAUGGGCGUGGUCAGAGACUCUGUGGCUCAAGUGGAGAUGAAGCUCGUCCAAUCGGGAUCGGAGGAGGGCUCGGAGGCGGGCAGGAGUAAUGACAUCACAACACUGGUGUUACAGCGACGAGCUGAGCGAAGGAAGGUCACCGUGUACCUCACACUGACCGGUCUGCUGGUGUUUACCUCAGCGUUCCUCCUGGGUUACGUAUCGUUCAGAGGAACGUGCCGCCCCUGUAAGGACGAGGGAGACCUGGUACCCAUCGAGGACACCGCCGGACCCGACCAUCCUCCAGAGAGGGGCACCAUGUAUUUGGGGGAGCUGAGGGACAUGCUGAAGAAGUACCUGAAGGAGGAGAAGAUAGAGAGCACAGUCCGGCGGGUCAGCAGGUCGUCUCACCCGCCCGGGUCGUCGGAGGGAAACGCUUUAGCCACCGAGAUCCUGCAGACCUUCCAGCAGCUUCACAUGGACCACACGUGGACCGACUCGCACUACGCCUCGCUGCAGUUCCCCUCCAGGACCCAGAGGAACGCUCUGUGGUUGGUCGAUGCGGAGGGGGCGGAGCUUGAGGAGAUACCGUUAGACGGUGCUGAUUACUGCGCCUACAGCGCCACCGGAACUGCCACGGGGGGCGUGGUCUACGUCAAUUACGCCCGUCAGGAGGACUUCAGUCAGCUGAAGGAGAUGGGCGUGGCCCUGAAUGGGAAUAUCGCCAUAACCAGGGUUGGAGGGGGCGUGAGCUUCGCAGAAAAGGUGUGGCUCGCGCAGGAGGCGGGGCUUGUGGGCGUCCUCAUUUACCCGGACCCAGCCGACAUCCCGCAGGAUCCGCGGCGACUCGGUCUCCAUAGCAACGCCGCCAUCUCUGAACAUGUACACCUGGGUUCAGGUGAUCCGUUCACCCCUGGUUUCCCGUCCUUUAACCACACCCAGUACCCUCCCACUCAGUCCUCCGGCCUGCCAAUCAUCCCAGCUCAGCCAAUCAGCGCUAAUGUGGCUGCCAAACUGCUCAGUCAGCUGUCGGGCGUGGCGUGCCCCCGCGGGUGGAGCGGGCGUCUCCCGUAUGUUCAGUGUGUUCUGGGUCCUGAGUUUGCUACUUCAGACGGGCGUCAGGUAAAGAUGGCCGUCUAUAACAGUCUCACCUCCGUCCUCCUAAACAACAUCUUCGCCUCCAUCGAGGGUAAAGUGGAACCGGAUCAGUAUAUAAUCAUGGGGGCUCAGAGGGACUCGUGGGGUCCUGGUGCUGUGAAGUCCGGUGUGGGAACAGCGAUCCUGCUGGAACUGGCUCGUACCUUCAGUACCAUGGUUCAGAACGGAUUUUCUCCCAGGCGUAGCCUCCUGUUUGUGAGCUGGGACGCCGGAGACUUUGGGAACGUUGGCGCCACCGAGUGGUUGGAGGGUUACCUGUCCAUGCUGCACCUGAAGGCCGUGGCUUACUUCAGUCUGGACCAGGCGGUCAUGGGUGACGACGCCCUCUCCGUCUACACGAGUCCUUUACUCGCCGACCUCAUCGAGGGAGCCGUCAAACAAGUGGACCACCCGAAACACACAGGCCAGUCCAUUCUGUCUCUGGCUGAAGCUCAGGGUGGCUGGAGGAGCAGAAUAGUCAAGCCGUUGUAUCUGAACAGCGGUGCGUACAGUUUCACGGCGUUCGGUGGGGUUCCGGCCAUGGAGAUUCGCUUUCAUGAGGAGGGCCGUGUGUACCCGUUCGUGAACACACAGAUGGACAGCGCCUCCCGGCUGCAGGAGCUGCUGCAGGGUCGGGUGUGUGUGGUGGGCCGGGCGGUGGCAGAGCUGGUGGGUCUGAUGGUACUGAGACUGGCACACGACCAAAUUCUGCCACUCGACAUCUCACACUACAGCAGCACCGCCCUCACACUCAGCUCCCUCCUCAACCAGCUCAGUGUAGAGCUCCAGGCGCGUGGUUUGUCCCCACAGUGGGUUUACAGUGCGCGGGGUGAUUACAGUCGUGCAGCCAAAACACUACAGGAGGCCAUAAAGAACACCGACAUACAGGACGAGAGGAUGAGCCGCCUGUACAACACCCGUCUGAUGAGGGUGGAGUACUACUUCCUGUCGCAGUACGUGUCGGUGGUCGAGACUCCGUUCCGUCACGUGCUGCACGGGCGUGGCGAGCACACACUGAGCGCGCUCACUGAGCACCUCUCUAAGCUCCGCUCCGACCCCCGACAGUUCCAGGAGGCUCGGUUCCGCCGCCAGCUCGCCCUCUUCACCUGGACGCUACAGGGCGCGGCCAACGCCCUCAGCGGCGACGUGUGGAACAUCGAGAACCCCUUCUAGAACCUGCACUCCCUCCUCACGCCAUGAAACCCUCACGACUCCUUCUAGAACCAUCACGACUCCUCACCACCGUCCUGAGCAUUCUUUAUCUCAGAGGGUUCUGAUCUUCAUCAGACUGUGCAGAACGUCAGACCUCCAGCACUGGAGUCCAGAAAUUAGAACCCUGCUGCACACCGUUCUCCUGCCACUGUAGAACGUCUAGAGCUUCCAAAAAACACAGAACUCGUUGUAGAACCUAAAGCAUACAGAACCUGUUCUCAACUCAUCACAGAACAAUCAGAAGGUGUUCCACGUCCCUCUGGGGUCUUCAGCACCUUUCUAGAACCUUAUUCUAAUGCCCUUCCAGAAAGUCCGGGACCCUUUUUAGAACCUAAAUCAUACAGAACCCAUUCUCAAUGUGUGUCCACAUACUUUUGGCCCUGUUUUGUAUUUUAAAGAACAUCUACCAGGUCAGAAAACAACCAGUCUUCAGCACCGUUCUGAUGCCCUUCCAUAAAGUUCUGAACCUCUACAUGUUUGGAACCCUGACCAUCUUCACACGUUCUUCUAGAACCUGGAAUUAUCGUGGAACCUGUUGAGGAACUCUAAUGCUGUGGAGCAAUUUGUGGACACCUGACCACGAGCUUGGUGGACGUUCCAGGUCUCUGCAUCUAUACCGAUCUAUACCAGUCUAUAUCCGUGAUGAUGAGGAUGUUCCGGCUGUUCCGUGUUCUGGCUGUUCCGUGAUGAUGAGGAUGUUCCGGCUGUUCCGUGUUCUGGCUGUUCCGCGUGUCCUGGUUAAUUAGUGGUUAAUGAACCGUUAUGAUGAAGCUGUAAUUAUUUUAUUACUCCGUGAUAAUGAGGCUGUUAUUAAUGUGAGCAGUAAUUAUCGGGAGCAGUGACUCUCAUAAUUAUGACAGUCAUACUGUCGUCCAAUCAAAAAGCAGCAUCUGCUAUCAAUCAGCUGGGUGACGUCACCGUGGCGACCGUGGUUUUGUCCAGGAUGUUUUUAUUUUGUAUUGCUGUUGUUGAUUAUUGAUGUGGUGUUUCACUCUCCAAUAAAUUAUCUUCCUCCUGCA